CUGGUGUGCACCGUGACUACAUUCUUGUGAAUGUUGAGUGCUGCUACAUCACCUUCUCGAACAAUGCAUUCGGAAUCAUCUUUAUUGAUGUAUUUAGAAAUUCCUCCAGACUGUCGGGAUGCCGUUCCGCUACUUGAUCUACGGCUUCCACAUUUCUCAAAGCUUAUGAAGCGUGUGAUGAAGAAAAUGGAUCGUGGGCAUGAUAGUGUAGACAGAAAUCUACAACAGCUGACGGCUUCAGGGGAGCUGGAAGAUUCGCCCUUCAAAAUUAUAGCGAAGAAGGAUCCUGGGCCGCUCGAUCUGUUGUUUGCCAGACUGCCAGGUGCCAACGGACAACAUGAAGUCUACCAGCUGCCCUUCGUACAUCUUUUAGUGCGGAGAACGGAAGAUUGUUCUGAUCAAUGUUCUUCACGUGUUUAUUGUUCCAGUCGACAGGACGUGUUGAAGUCAACUCCUUCCAAAUCUGAACCUGAGCGCUCCCACCUCGAGGAUACUCUUCGUGAAUUCGCUCAAAAACUAGAACACAUUGGCUCUUCUCUGGAAGCCCUCACUGCCCCCAAGAAACCUGUACCACGGAUCAGUUCUACCGUGAGGAAGCGCAUAAAACCAGAUACAACAUCCUUGGAGGUUCCCAGUUCAUUUAGCCCCUUGAAGCCGCUAAAUCAAUUACCUGGGUCACCUCCAAAGACGAAUCCAAGCGCGGUGGUCAGAAGAUCUGCACUGGAGCCUGACUUACAUUUCCAGCACAAGUUAGAUCGCACCAUAAAUCGAGUCCUUGGUCGUGUGAACCGGCAAAAAUCGGUUCCAUCCAUCACAGAUUUGGAGAACAAAUUCAAAAUGGAACUGAACCAGCUCGCAAUCCCGACAGAAGUGGGGAUGGAUGUAGUUGAGAAUGAAUUGUUCACGUCGUCUGCCAUCUCCGAGUCCAACCGCAAGAAGAAGAGGAAAAGGAACCGGGGACGGGAUAGCGAUAGUUUCGGUAACUCCUUCCAAAGCCCCGUUGAACUGGACUCUGACUGUUGACGAUUUGAGGGUUAUUUAUUGUGUAUAUACAAUCGUUGUUUAUAUGUGAAUCCAAACGAUAAAU